AUGCUGCGACAAUCAAUUCUACGCAGCUCUGCUUCGCUCACCCGCAGCCGCACAGCAGCAGUCGCGGUCCGUACCGUCCACGCCCACGCCGUCUCCAACCCAACGCUGGCUGGUAUCGAGAAGCGAUGGGAGACCAUGCCGCCGCAGGAACAGGCCGAGCUGUGGAUGCAGCUGCGCGAUCGCAUGAAGGUUAAUUGGGCCGAGCUGACGCUACAGGAGAAGAAAGCUUCAUACUACAUCGCCUUUGGCGAGCACGGUCCCCGCGCCGGCACACCUCCCGGAGAAGGCUGGAAAGUAGCAGGUUUAACUGCCGCUGGCCUCGGUGUAGCCUUUGUGCUUUUCUGCACUAUGCGGCUGUUUGCUGGCUCGGCGCCAGGUACGAUGAACAAGGAGUAUCAAGAGGCUACGAAUGAGUAUUUGAAGGCACAAAACUCAGAACCAAUCUCCGGUAUCUCAUCCGAAGGAUACUCAGGAAAAGGACAAGUACAAAGCGCGCCAAAGAAGGACUAA